AUGGGAACCCGCGAACUGGAUGUCCUGCUCGCUCUGUGCAAGGCCGCGGCCUCGGUGAGCGACCCCGAAAACGCUGCCCAAUUGGCCUCGCAAUUAUCUCAAUACCUGCCGGAAUCCCAUAGCCAGCUCUUCCGUUCCUCGCCGUUUUUGCACAGUGUGAAACCAUCGCCGUGGGAGACACUGACCUACAACCUGACCCUGGCGCUCCUGUCCCUCGGCACCAAGUACCCAGAUCUUCGACAGGUCGCCAUCGAAGCCGUGCAUGGAUACUUGGAUAAUUGCAAUGAGGCCAUUAAUGCCGUCACGCCUUUCCACUAUUCGAAGUCCGAAUCGGGACGCCAGGGAGUGGUGCAUGAAUCAGUGGCUAUUCUGUCGAUCACAGUAUCUCUGGUAGGCUUCCUGGAGGCCUCCGCUGAAUACACCUCUAUCUGGCAUGCGAGCGAAAAGUUGCAGAUCGUGGACUUCUUACGUGCAAUGCUGUCGGAGAAUUUCAUUAUUGCAGUGGAAACAGCUUCAUCGACCCUUCGCAAUGCGCAUGUCUCAGAGCACGCAUUCAAAGACUGGAAAAGGUACACUCGCCGCUAUGCUGCUCAUGCGCGUCCGUUGGGUGCCAUGCUCGUGCAGGAAGGCUUCAUGCGUUUCGUCAAGUCAUGCGCGGCCUCUCUGAUAGGAUCCCAACACAUGACGGAUGAACAGCUUCUGGAUGACUACAUGACUGGUGUUGGUAUCGCUAAAAGCUAUGACGAAGAUGAUGUGUCUCUCAUUGAUCGCGUCACUGACAUCAUCAGUGAAGAGAUUCACCUACUUGAGGAUGGUUCUGACUACCUACAAGUUGGCUCUCCUUGGCAACAGCGCCUCGCCUUCUCGGUCAAGGGACAUGCCCUAGUUGGCUUCCUGAACUGCGUCAUCCUUGGCGAAGAUGCAAAUAACAACGAUGUUCUCUUGUCCUGGCUAGAAGACACUCUUCUCGACCCCCAGCAAAUGUCAAACGUAGAGUUGGCUAUCACCGCUUUGAAGUGUACCGCGAUCCUGUCGAGGAUGUCACCCAACGGUGCAUCUGCCGGUAGGCGCUGUCUGUUGAGAUUCAUCGCCCAGGGAGGUGUCUCGGCGCGUUCCACCGUCGCCGUCGCAUCGCGGUGCAUGGCCCAGGUGCUGACCAUUCUCUCUGAGGAUGCUGUCAUCACAACCCUCUACUCGCUGGGUAACGCGCUGAGUCCGAGUGCAAACGUGGAUCAAUCCAGUCAGGACCAACUCAAUGGGGACCAUACCGGACCCGGAAUGAAUCUGGAAGCGUAUCCCAGAAAUGCAAGCCAGACAUCUCUUUCGGUAAAUGCAGAAAGCGACAACGUGACAUACAGAAAUGUCAUUCAUGCCAUUGUAACGAUUGCCACGAACUGCAAUGACGGCAAGAUCAGUGCCCUGGCUCAGUCUAUGCUUCUCCAGAAGAUCGGCAAGAUCAACGUGGCAGUCGAUGCCUACAUUAUACAGGAAACUGCAGUCCUUGCUCUGAGCAGCGGACAUGCUGAGUUCCAGCUUCUCUUGAAGUUUUACAAUCGCAUUUACCUGGAUGGCAUCAACAAGGGAUUAGAGGCCAUUUCGAGUGCUGUUCAGUGUGCCAUGGCCUAUCUUUCGGUCAACUUAGACCAGGAGUCACCUCUGCACCGAAUUUAUUUGGUUCACCUACUGGAAAGCAUCAUCAACAAAGGUGAUGUUCCUGACCUUGAGAAUGAGCAUCAUCGGGAGGUUUUCUUUGCUGCUGAGGACAUUACCCCUCUCCUGAAACCUUUGGCUCUGCUGGUGUCCUCCAAGGGCAACUUCCAGAGGCCUUCCUGGUCAGUUUUGGACAUCGAUGAGUCGAUUUUAACCCUGUUCCGUGACGCUUGGUUCAACAUUGCUAUCCACGGGAUAAACCUUAGCUCUAAUGUUGCCCAAGAUCACUACAAGGAACUGCGCCUUCUCGCGCAUCACUCUCCCCCACUAGUUGUUGGAACUCACAUGGAGUCGCUAGAGAGCGAUGUAGAAUUGAACACUGUGCUCAGGCGCGGAUCCGGACCCCAGAGAAUGGCGGAGCAGAAGCGAGCAUUGAUCGCUGAACUUCCUGGCCGUGACUCCGACAUCAAAAAGUUGAAUUACUCUAGGGCAGUGUUCCUGAAUUCAGUCAUCUUGGUCGAAAGUCUACGGGCCUCCUCCGGUGAUUCCACCAAGAUUCUCGACUAUUUCCUUGACCCGGCCUUGGCAACAUCAGAGAUGGUUGUUUGCAUGAACGCUGUAGCGGACAAGGUGGUCACUUGCUAUCUGUCUCUGACGCUUUCAGGGCAACAUGAUGAAUUCUCGGCGCCGUACCUGUCGAAACAGCUUGCGGGAUUCCUGAUUUCUUGCUGCCACCGUAUUGAGAGGAUUCAGAGCAUUGCCGCACAAUGCGCCAACAAGAUCAUUCGGGAAUGUCCAUCUGCGCUAUGCGAGAAGCAUUCCCUCUUUGCUCUGCUCGAAAUCUUGACCGUUAUGUGGUCUUCGUGUCUUCAGGGGGAGCUCGACGAGUUCGAGUGGAAGCCAUCCUUGGUUUCCCCCAUGGGUAUUGUUAGGGUCGAACUGCCAGACAACUAUGCAUUGAGAAGGGCGACUCUUAACCGGUUCCAUGAACGGGCGAGAACUUGGGUCACAUCCGUCCUGAACAUCGCCCCGUUGGAUAUCAAGGGACUGCUUCAAACCUAUCUUUCCGAAUAUGAUGACGACGGUGGCUACGGGCACAUCUCGAUGGGUCGUUCAUUUGCCCUGGAGAUGGGCACUCUCAUUCCCCAAAGCGAUCCUCGACUUGGAUCCAUCGAUGGCCAUGGAAACAACGAGUUCAAUGUUGCAUCUGAUUUCAUGGCACUUUACACGACACGGCAAAAGUAUCGCCGUCCAGAUAUGCCUGCCCUUGAAGGGGUGGAUAGAAGAGGUUACCUCGCUCAACCCCGUAUCAACGCUCUGCCUGAGUCUGCUGAUGCAUUGGAGGAGAGGCUUGGUAAUCUGUUUGGACGAAGCAUCAACGGCGAGGAUAUUCCACUCGUGGAAGUUAGAGCUGUUCUUCGACAAGCUGCAGGUCUGAUCUGCAGCAGCAGCAAGCCACGACUUUCGGUGGUUCACUACAUGGUUGCUUUGCCUUUCCAGAUCUUCACCAAGGAGACAGUCAAGCUUGGUGUUUCUCUCUGGCUUGGUGUUAUUCACGAAAAUCCAAGCACCGAGCCGCGCAUACUAUGCGAGGUCAUCGAAGCCUGGGAGAGAAGCAUCAACCGCCGCAAAGGGUUGUUUGAUCCUUCUUUCGAAUAUCUUGAUCCGCUGCACACUAAAAUCGAGCUUUUGCCAACAGACAAAGAUCUUAUGCUUCGCAUGCAACAGCAGGCCCAAGACACCAUCUCGCCACACUUGCGGGUUCUCCAAUUUUUUGAAAGCCAUUUCAACGCUAUUCGCUUGGGUAAUCUGCAAGAUCAACAACUGUUCUGCCGCUUGAUUGGAACCACUGUUGUCAACCUCACCAAGACUGAAGGCCACCCCUUGGCCAGAGAAAUACAUUUCCGUAUCGUGCUCCUCGGUCUCAAGGUGCUGAGACAUCUCAGUCCCCGAAACGCUGGCGCUUCCUGGAAGCUGAAAGAUCAAAUCUUAUCUGCUGCUCUGAACUGGUUCAAGCAUCCCCCUCGGUGGUCAUUUGGAGGCAACCGACUACAAUUAAAGGCGGAGGACAAGAUUCUCAUGGAAGUGACCGCAAUUCUGCGUUCUGUGGCUAGCAUUGCUGCUCAAUCGCAGGGCUCGUACAAAUCCCUGCAGCCCAAGCAAGACCUCCUUCACGUACUGAUCGACAACGAACGAUCCCGCCUUCGGGUUUGGCUCUUCCCUCUGGAACCCGAGCGUAAGCAUCACAUGCCCAUAAUCGGUGGUGGGAAACCCCAAGCUGAGGGUCCUGUCUCACUCCUUCGACUUGCCUGGGCAGAGGAUGCCGGUUUGGCAAUCCAGCUGGCAGCCCGAUUCCCCUCGCAAAAAAUGCAAGAUGAUGUGAGAUUGCUCAUCCUCAAUUUCCCCGAAAAAGUCAUUGAAGAGCCCAGUGCUCUGGAGAUCAUGUUUGGCAACUCUCUGCCCGACGACGUCAGCUCUCAGUUGAAGUAUCUGCUAUACUGGGCCCCUGUUACCCCUACAGAAGCCAUCACAUAUUUCAUGCCAGCCUAUGGCAACCACCCCUACAUUUUACAAUAUGCCAUGCGGGCGUUGGAAAGCUACAGCAUGGACGUUCGGUUUUACUUUGUGCCACAGCUGGUCCAGGCUCUGCGCUAUGAUUAUCUGGGCUAUGUUGAGCGGUACAUUCUUGAAACAGCCAAACUGUCUCAACUGUUUGCUCAUCAAGUGAUUUGGAACAUGAAAGCCAACUCUUACAAGGACGAGGAUUCUCAGAUUCCGGAUCCACUCAAGGAGACCCUCGACCGCUUCCUGGAUAACCUGAUCUUGAGCUUCUCUGACGAGGAGCGUGCCUUCUACGAGAGAGAGUUCUCGUUCUUCAACGAGGUUACGGGUGUCUCGGGCAAGCUUCGCCCGUACAUCAAAAAGAGCAAGCCCGAAAAGAAGGAAAAGAUUGAGGAAGAGCUGCGGAAGAUCAAGGUGGAGGUCGGGGUGUAUCUUCCAAGUAAUCCCGACGGUGUGGUAGUGGGAAUUGACCGCAAGUCUGGCAAACCCUUGCAAAGUCAUGCAAAGGCGCCUUACAUGGCGACAUUCCGGAUUCAGAAGACCCGGCCACGAUUGAUUGAGAAGCCCGAGGCACACGCUGGUGAUCACCACCGACAUCAACGCCAACUGACCAAUCAUACCGAGCCCGACCAAGAGACGUAUGAGGUGUGGCAAUCGGCAAUCUUCAAGGUUGGCGAUGACUGUCGUCAGGACAUGCUUGCGCUGCAGAUGAUCGCAGCUUUCCGAAGCAUCUUCACCAGUGUAGGACUGGACGUUUGGGUCUACCCUUACCGAGUGACCUCCACAGCGCCGGGUUGUGGUGUGAUCGACGUCCUGCCCAACUCCAUCUCUCGCGACAUGCUCGGCCGGGAAGCCGUCAACGGUCUGUAUGAUUACUUUGUGUCGAAGUACGGAGGCGAGGAUUCCAUUCGGUUCCAAGAGGCCCGUACCAACUUCGUGAAGAGUAUGGCCGCCUACUCGGUCAUCUCUUACCUGCUCCAAUUCAAAGACCGACACAACGGAAACAUCAUGAUCGACGAUGCUGGCCACAUCAUCCACAUUGAUUUCGGUUUCUGUUUCGAUAUUGCCCCCGGUGGUGUUCGCUUUGAGCGUGCUCCGUUCAAGCUGACCUCUGAAAUGGUCGCCGUUAUGAGUGGCACUCAUGACCCGGCUCACCACCAGGGCGGCAACUCAGGCAUCAACCUCCCUGGCAGCUCGCAUAACCCAACCAACACGCAGCCGUACAAGUGGUUCGAAUCGUUGGUCGUCAAGGCAUUCUUGGCCUCGCGCCCCUACAGCACCAAAUUGGCCCACAUCGUGUCGCUGAUGCUUGACAGCGGUCUUCCUUGCUUCAAGCCCGAGACUUUGAAGAACUUCCGGGAUCGCUUUGUGCUCGACAAGAGCGAGCGCGACGCCGCGGAGUACAUGCGGGAACUUGUGCGCAAAUCGUACAUGAGCGUGUCGACCAAGGGGUAUGAUCAGUUCCAGCUGAUGACCAACGGAAUUCCGUAUUAG